AUGGAGAAUCCCUUCAGCCCCUCAACUCCGUCGCCGGCGCCCAACUUUUCCCUACCUAUCUCGCUGGGCUGGGGUCUCAACCUGACUUCCGGACAGGGAGCCCCCGUCCCGGGGCCACCGCGGCCCAGCCACCGCGUCCGCCUGGUCUUCCUGGGGGUCAUCCUGAUGGUGGCGGUGGCCGGCAACGCCACGGUGCUGUGCCGCCUGUGCGGCGGCGGUGGGCCCUGGGCGGGUCCCAAGCGUCGCAAGAUGGACUUCCUGCUGGUGCAGCUGGCCCUGGCCGACCUGUACGCGUGCGGGGGCACCGCGCUGUCGCAGCUGGCCUGGGAGCUGCAGGGCGACCCGAGCCGGGCCGCGGGCGACCUGGCAUGCCGCUUCGUGCAGCUGCUGCGGGCAUCUGGCCACAGCGCUUCGGCCCACCUCGUGGCGCUCAUUGCCCUCGAGCGCCAGCGCGCAGUGCGCCGUCCACAGGACCCGCCACUGCCCGCGCGAAGCCUCGCCGUCCUGGGCUGGCUGCUUGCGCUGCUGCUGGCGCUGCCCCCCACCUUCGUGGUCCGCGGGGGCGCCCCCUCGCAGCCGCCUGCCGAGCCCCCGAGCGCCCGCGCCUUGCCGGGGGAGCGUCGUUGCCGCGACAUCUUCGCGCCGCUGCCGCGCUGGCACCUGAUGAUCUACGCGCUCUAUGAGGCCCUUGCGGGCUUCGUAGCUCCGGUCGCAGUCAUGGGAGUCGCGGGCAGCCGCCUGCUCUCCGCCUGGUGGCAGCGCUCGCCUCCGGCCCCAUCGGCUGCGGUGCCCAGGUCGGCAAGUCCCGGCCAAGCCCCCGAACCCAGCGCUCUGCCCCGCGCCAAGGUCCAGAGCCUGAAGAUGAGCUUGGUGCUGGGGCUGCUGUUCGUGGGGUGCGAGCUGCCCUACUUCGCCGCCCGGCUGGCGGCCACGUGGUCGUCUGGACCGGUGGGAGACUGGGAAGCCGAGGACCUAGCGGUGGCGCUGCGCCUGGUGGGGGUAGCCAACAGCGCUCUCAAUCCCUUCGUCUACCUGUUCUUCCAGGCGGCCGACCGCCAGCUCUCGCGGCGGCUGCGGAGGCGCCUGGGCGCAGUGUGCUGCCAGGGGGAGGGAGUCGCGGAGGACGACGAGGGGGCCCGGAGCCACCAAGCGCUCCACCGCCACCGCUGGCCCCACCCCCAUUAUCACCACGCUCGGCGGGAUCAGCCAGCCGAGGGCUACUUGCGCCCACCCCCGCCGCGCCCCCGGCCGCUGCCCUGCUCCUGCGAAAGCGUCUUCUAGGUGUUCGAUGGCCAGAGGCAGGUCAUCUGUCGCCGCGGCACCGCCUCCACGCAACACGAGGCCAGCUGGGGGUCUAUCUAGAUCACAAUGGCAGGAGAGUCCCCAAGAGCGUUACACUGAAGCUGUCCCCGUUCUCCACUCCCCUAUUAUAUUUCUUUCUAAUGUUUAUAUUUUUUUACACUAUUCUAGAUUCUUUUCUCCUUUCCAGUUCUUCUCACAUCCCCCCUUUGGAGACUAGAGAGUGAGCCACUGGGAAGUUGUAAAAACAAAGUUAUAGAGUUAUUUUUGCAGUUCUUUUUCGCUCCCAAAGUGUUCUGGAUAAGAUCAUUUGUUUUAGCUAAAUUGCCAAGCUUUCAAUAUUUGCUAUAUCUGUUUGUACGUAUUUUGGAUCAUGUUCAAGUGUACCUUCGGGACCAGAGAAUUCGCCUUUCUGUCCGAGAGGAAUAUCCUCACGUUGCUCUCCCGAAGGAGCCUGGAAAUUGUACCAGUGAUACUGUUAGAAAUGUAAUCUCGCUGUCACUUCAGAGCGACAGAGUAUUUGUAAAAUAAAAAUAUUUCCCACAGAGCAA